AUCCAACACCAAGCAUGACGAAGCGUAUGAGGGCGCACAAGGUUGAAGAUCCGUCUGUGAUGAACCUGGUUGACACAAUGCAUGCUAGUCAAGUCCCUCACCCCAACGUUAUGCGUGUCCUACGUAGUGUUGCGGGUGGGGUUGAGAAUCUACAUUUGACUGAGAGAGACGUUCAGAAUAGGAGAGCUGCGCAUGUUCGGGAAGAACGGAUGGAUGAUAUACCGAAGCUCCUGGCCUUCUUUAGAGAGUGCAAAGCAAAUAAUCCACAAUUCUUUUAUGAGUUCCAACUUGAUGAUAAGAACGUCGUCAAGAAUGUCUUUUGGAGCCACGCCAGUCAACAGGGUGACUAUGCAGACUACUCUAGCGUGGUGACAUUUGACACGACGUACCGCACCAAUCAAUAUAGCAUGCCUUUAGCAAUGUUUGUUGGAUUCAACAACAAGUUGCAAAAUGUUGUUUUUGGUCAAGCAUUGUUGAGGGACGAAAGAGCAGAUACCUUUGAGUGGUUGUUCAAGCAAUUUAGAGCUUGUAUGGGGGGCAAGGAUCCUAUUGUUAUCUUCACAGAUCAAGAUUCUUCAAUUGAGAAGGCAAUAAAUUUGGUAUUUCAAAAGACGUACCACAGAUAUUGCCGCUGGCAUGUCACGAACAAACCGAUUGAAUUUGAGCAAGCCUGGGCUCCAAUUCUUGACAAAUAUGAAGUUCAUGAGUCCAAAGUGCUGAUGAAGUUGUACGACGAAAGGAACAUGUGGGUGGGUGCUUAUUUCAAAGAGAUAUUCUGCGGGACGAUGACUUCGACACAAAGAAGUGAGAGUGUCAAUUCUACCGUCAAGCAUGGUUAUUGUGACAAUUCAACGGCAAUACAUGAGUUUGCGAAGUCAUUCUUGGAACUUUUGGCGCAUAAUAAGGAGAAAGAGGCAGAAGAGGAGUUCAAUUCGCAGGCCCCAGUUAUUGCCUCGACAUUUUAUGGCUACGACAAUCAGCUUAGCAGAGUGUACACCAGAGCUGUGUACAAGGUGUUCGCGAGUAGACUCAAAUCAAGCACUGCUUUCCGUGUGCGUCCAGACCCGGACAAGGCUGGUUACUACCUGGUGAAGCACACAAGGCCCCCAACUGAUUUCCCUUGGUUAUGUCAUGAAUUUUGGGUGAAAGCUGUAGUGAAUGAGGAAAUUCCUGAGGAAUCAGAAUUUAAUUGCGAGUGCAUGAGAAUUGAGCACACAGACAUGUAA